AUGUCAGCUCCAGCAUAUCGAGCACGUACACCGCAUUGUCUUCCACGAUCACGUUCCGUGGAAAGAUUCGGGACUGUCGCUACUCUUACGAGAGUUUCCUCAGUACCUAACCUCUCGACCUUCUAUGUUGGUGGUGAUAGGUACUCAGGAGCUACCGGUUCUACGCUCUACAAGUACAGGAAGAACUACGAUACGCUAGACGAUUGGAAUGUCGAUCGUUACAAUUUCUACACACCUUUCUACUGGCCAACGUAUCGUUAUGCGGCUCGUCGUGCUCUUUAUGUAGAUCCAAUUCCACACAGCCUAGGAUUCACAUAUCCGGAUUACUGGACUCGAUACAAAUGGUAUGUGGACUGGCUAAAUCCAACAUACUGGCGUCGUCACCGUGAUCCUAACUACGACAGACCCCUAUGGAACAGCUGGCGACCAUGGCAAAUGGAUAGGUCUAAUAUCAAACGCGCGAUUGAUAUGUAUCGAAAUGGUACCAUUGAUUUCGAAACUCUGGAUAAGAAAUGGAUCACACCGUCAGCGUAUGGAAGAUAUGGAAAGGAUUGGGCUGAUGUUUAUCUACCUGCUGCCCGCUAUGGAGCUCAUCGCUAUUUCUACUCGUUCGCCUAA